AGCCGCAGAACAAUGUCGAUGAGCCCCAAGCAUACGACUCCUUUUUCUGUCUCUGAUAUCUUGAGUCCCCUCGAGGAGAGCUACAAGAAAGUAAGUAUGGAGGGUAACAACCUGGGGACGUCCCUCUCCUCGUACCGGCAGCCGCAGGUUUCCCAGGCGGCCAUGCAGCAGCAUCAUAUGGGCCACAACGGGACGGUGUCUGCCACGUACCACAUGAGCGCAGCUGGGGUGUCUCAGCUGUCACACACCGCCAUGGGGGGGUACUGUAACGGCAACCUGGGCAACAUGAGCGAGCUUCCGCCCUACCAGGACAGCAUGAGGGGCAGCAGCACGACCACCGGCUGGUACGGGGCCAACCCAGACCCCCGCUUCUCCUCAAUCUCCCGCUUCAUGGGCUCGUCAUCGGGGAUGAACAUGGGCAGCAUGGGCAGUCUGAGCUCUCUGGCCGAGGUGGGCAAGGGCAUGGGACCCCUGUCCAGCACCCCGCGGAGGAAGAGACGAGUCCUGUUCUCCCAGGCUCAGGUGUACGAGCUGGAGCGGCGCUUCAAGCAGCAGAAAUACCUGUCCGCGCCGGAACGGGAGCACCUGGCCAGCAUGAUCCACCUGACACCCACCCAGGUGAAGAUCUGGUUCCAGAACCAUCGGUACAAAAUGAAGAGGCAGGCCAAGGACAAGGUGUCUCAGCAGCAAAUGCAGCAGGAGUCCGGCUCUUGUCAGCAGCAGCAACAGCAGCAGCAGCAGCAGCAGCAGUCGCCUCGACGGGUCGCCGUACCCGUGCUGGUAAAAGACGGCAAGCCGUGCCAGGCGGGCACCCACACCCCCACCAACACCAUACAGGGCCACCACCACCACCACCACCACCACCACCAGGCAGGCAACGUCAUGAUCGUGUCCAGCAACAGCUCGGCUAUGAGCCAACACCAGACACCUCAAGUGGGAAGUGCGGGACACUCUCCAGAUUUAGUGCAGCACUCGAGCAGCUCCCCCUCCCUGCAGAGCCAGGUGUCGGGCCUUUCGCACCUGAGCUCCUCCGGCUCUGAGUACGGAGGCGCCCUGCCCUGCUCUGCCCUGCUGUACGGCAGGACGUGGUGA